AUGAUUAUGUUGGAGGAUGUUUCCAUGCACUUGGGGCUUCAGGUAGAUGGAGAUGUGCUUUCAGGGGUGGCACACGGUAACUGGAAUUCAUUGUGCCAGGAAUAUCUAAGAGGUGUACAACCAAAUUUUAACAGUGGUCGAAUUCUAUUAAAUUGUUUGGAUGUAAAUUUCAAGAAUUUGAGUGAGGACACCUCGGAGGAUCAGGUAAAAAAGUAUGCACAUGCAUGCAUACUACAGGUGAUAGGAGGGUUGAUGAUGCCAGAUAAAUUGCGUAACCAAGUUUACUGUAUGUGGUUGCGGUAUCUCGCCGAUUUUCAUCUGGCUGGAACACUGAGUUGGGGCUCGGUAAUUUUGGCAUUCCUGUAUAGGGAAAUGUGUCAAGCUACUGACUAUAGGAAAAAUGCUAUCGGUGGGUGUCUCCUUCUGUUGCACUAUUGGGCAUGGUAUCGCAUGCCCUUUUUAUGUCCUAUUGUGAAGAACUCGUUCAUAUUCUCGCUAUUAUUGAGGAAAAAUCAACGGGAUUUACCUGAUGAAUUAGAAUUAAUGAGGCUACUAAUUGAUCAGAAGGAUGACACAGAGAUGGUUAUUACGAGUGGUUCAACAAUAACGGGAAAUCGUUCAUGCUUUCCGAUGAAGCACGAGGAUGGAGCAUUCAUCGACGUCGAUAGAGACGUGCACCGUCACAACCCCAUCAUCCCCCGACUCGUAGACGGAGAGCAAGUGCUUCCGAUUCGUCGUCAGCUGCAGCAUCAGAACCUUCACAGCAGUCACCGUCUACAACAAUGUAUACCCCGCAGCCAGUUCAUAUGGGUACACAACAUAUCAGAUGUCGCUACCGUCGUUCCCAUACCAGAUGCCACCACCGCCACAUAG